AUGGACGCGUCAAUCUUCGAGGACGAAUCGAACGGGGGCUGCAACAAAGGGACCGACCCGACCCGACCGGACACCAACCGCGACAUCUGGGUCCAGCUCGGCCUGUCGCUGAUCCUCGGCAUCUCAGCCUUUGUCACAUUCUGCAUCUUGCGACCGCGAUGGCCGACCUUGUACGCUGCACGCAAGCGUCGACUGGAUCCCAACAUUGGCUUGCCCGCCCUGCCGAACACCUUCUUUGGAUGGAUCCCGGGGCUAUACCGCGUGACAGAGGAACAGGUCCUCGCCUCAGCUGGUCUCGAUGCCUUCGUCUUCCUUUCCUUCUUCAAAAUGGCGAUCCGGACGCUCUCGAUAUUGGCCUUUUUCGCCUACGCCGUCUUACUUCCCAUCAACCUUCGAUUCGUACAUCAUAAGAAAGACCCUGCGAAAAAGGGAGACAUCAGUUAUCUCUGGUCAUAUCUGGUGUUCAUCUACUUCUUUUCGGGCGUCACACUCUACGUCCUGAACAAAGCGACUUUUAGGGUCAUCCAUAUUCGUCAAGAGUACCUGGGAACUCAGUCUACCAUCACCGACAGGACAUUCCGCCUCACGGGUAUUCCUCAGAAUCUCCGCUCCGAGUACAAGAUCAAGCAGCUCAUUGAGAAACUUGGGAUUGGACAAGUGGAAAACGUCAGCCUGUGCCGUGACUGGAGGGAGCUUGAUUCCUUGGUCGCGCAACGGGCGCAGGUGCUGGCCAAGUUGGAAGAGACUUGGAGCGUCUAUCUUGGGAAGCAGACUGGUCUGCCCAAAUCCGUGCAGCGCUUGCGUGAUCCAGAGGCAGAACCGUCCGUGUUGGAGCCCAGGGAAGACGAAGCUGAUGAGGAGGCUGGGGAAAACGGCCGGUUACUGGGACACAACCACAUAAACCCCGAGUUUGUCGAGAGAUCACGUCCCAGAGUGAGGCUCUGGUACGGGGUUUUGAAGCUCCAAAACCGUAAGACUGACGCCAUCGAUUACUACGAGGAGAAGCUACGCCGACUCGACGACCAAAUCCGCGAGGCCAGAGACAAGGACUUUUUGCCGAUGGACCUAGCUUUCGUUACGAUGGAUUCGAUUGCCGCCUGCCAAAUGGCGAUCCAAGCCCGCAUCGACCCCAGGCCUGGACAGCUCCUGACCAAGCCCGCGCCAUCGCCGUCGGAUGUGAUGUGGCAAAACACAUACGCGCCGCGUGGGGUACGUCGCCUCCGAUCUUGGGCCGUGACCGUUUUCGUCGCGAUCCUGUCGGUUGUUUGGUUGACAGUUGUGGCCGCUAUUGCGACUCUUUUGAGCGUUUGCAACUUCAAGAAAUGGUUAUCGUCUUCGCCGUUCUCGUCAUCUCCCAUCGACUUUCUGAACGAAUGGCCAACGCUGCUUGCGUUGGUCGAGACGGGCUUGCCGACACUGCUCGUUUCGCUGCUCAACGUGGCCGUGCCAUAUCUGUACGAGUACCUGUCGUACGAGCAAGGCAUGAUAUCCAAGGGCGACGUCGAGCUCUCGAUCGUGUCCAAAAACUUCUUCUUCACGUUCUUCAACAUCUUUGUCGUGCUUGCCACUUCGGAUGUAUCCUUCAGCGUUGCCGAACUGCUCAAGGGCGUGUGGGAGAGCCCUCAGGCGUUGACAAACCGAAUCGCCACGCAGAUCAGUAAACUGGCCACAUUCUAUACCAACUUCAUACUGCUUCAGGGCGUCGGCUUGUUUCCAUUUAGACUCUUGCAGGUCGGCAGCGUGGUUCUCUACCCCAUCUAUCUAAUGGGAGCCAAGACGCCCCGAGACUUUGCGGAUAUGGCGCGGCCAACCGUCUUCAGCUACGGCUUCUAUCUUCCGACGGCCAUGCUCAUAUUUAUGCUUUGUCUCGUUUAUAGCAUUGUGGAGUAUGGCUACCAGAUUCUGACCGUCGGGCUCAUCUACUUCAUCCUCGGGUAUUUCACAUACAAGUACCAGCUGCUGUACGCCAUGGAUCAGCCCCAACACGCGACGGGCGGCGCAUGGCGGAUCAUCAGCUACCGCGCCAUCAUGGGCCUAUUCGUUGCACAGGUUGUCUUGUCCAGCGUCAUGGCGCUGUCAUCGGGCUUCGUACAGGCGGCUGCGGUACUGCCUCUGAUGGUCUUCACGAUCUGGUACAGUUUCUAUUUCCAGCGUCGGUUUGAACCGCUUACACGGUACAUCUCGCUGCGGAGCAUCCGGGCCGAGAUGGACGCGGACGAUGCUGCGGUGCUUGACGAAGAUUUCGAGGGACCCAGGCCGUCGCAGGGUCUGUUGAGACGCGGCAGCACGAUCGACGAGGACAAGGAGAAGGGUCUGACAUUCGCGAACCCUAGCUUAACUUGCCGUCUCGAGGAGCCAUGGAUUUACCAGGAACCUCCCUCGCAUCACGGUGAUGGGGAAGAUGGAGAAGAAAGCGGACGGGAUACGGAAGGGCCCAACGCGCCAGCAAACACGACGUCGGCUGCAUCGGACAGUUCAAUGAGCCUCGGCGAUACGCACAUUUGGCGGCAACAAGCGGACAGCAACGAUCGGUAG